UUGCAAUGGGUUAUGCAUAAUUAUCCAAUUGAGAUUCAUAACUCUCUCACCAGUGCUUGCGUUUCCAUCUAGUUUGGUACAUUCAUAUUUUAGGCUCUAAAACGUUUUCAUUCAGUGCACAUUCUUUAUUCAAGUUCGCAGGAUUUUCCUGGACCCAAAAAGAAAAAAAAAAGUAAAUUUUUUUUCAAUUAUUUAUAAACGAAAAAAAAGUGGUAAAUGAUGAAAUGGUGGACUUAUUGUUUACUACUGUUGACACUGGCCUCUAUUUAUGUGGAGGCUGCGAAGGGCGGUGGUAGAGGAGGAGGUCGACGUGGUAGAAUGGGAAAUAUCAAUCGAUUUGGGAUUCAUAAUAUGCCAAAUCUCAAUCGUAAUCCUGCCAGCGUUAAUUAUUACGAAAAUAAGGAUGGAGCAAAAAUUGUCAAAUCGUCUCAUUUCGAAUUAGACUACAUGUUAGGAAGAAAAAUUACAUUUUUCUGCAUGGCAAUUGGACUGCCAAGACCGGAAAUCACCUGGUUCAAAGACGGCAUCGAACUUUAUCACCACAAUUUCUUUCAGGUGCACGAGUGGCCAAUUGGAAACGACACAGUGAAAUCAAAAAUGGAAAUAGAUCCGGCAACACAAAAAGAUGCGGGAUAUUAUGAAUGUCAAGCUGACAAUCAGUAUUCAGUGGAUCGACGUGGUUUUAAAACCGAUUAUGUUAUGUUCUCGUAUUAAAUUCGUUCACCUUGAAUUAACAUUGAUUUAACAGAGAGGGCAGUUUUUUUGUUUCACUUCUUCUUUCUACACCAAUUGAAAAUUCGACCAAAAAAUUUUUUUUUUAGGAGAAUUUAGCAUCAAAACUCAAAGACUGAAUUUUUUUUUUCGCGAAAGAAAAUUAGAUUUUCUCUAAAUUCUUUUUUUCAACAAAGAAAAGUACCAAUAAAAUUUAAUAAAUUUAA